UGUUUGUAAUAUUUACAUUAUCAGCUUUAAUUUCAAAGUCUUUCUUGGACAUUGGCUCUGUAUCAAGGAUAUUGGACAGGUAUAAUCAAACUUUGCCUGCAGUUCUGCUGGAAAUUUGAGAAUCAAGAAAGUAGCCAAAAUACAACUGAACUAGAACACAUAACUGAGGUACUCAUAUCAAACAGCAUUUUUCCUUUAUAGACUCACAUUGUUGAUGUCAAUUUUGUUGCCAUACAACCAAACUAGAACCCAUAACAGAAAUCAUACUUGGUAUCAGAUUGGCUGGCCCAAUCCUCUGAGUGGCAUGUCCAGCUUUUCAGGUUUCUGGUGAUAAUUGAUGCAGAGAUGCAAGUGCUCAUCCUAGGAGAGAUUCAUUUUUUGAUUUUGACUUCUCACUGGACAAAAGGGAAAGUUUUCAAUUCACAGGGAUUGGAAAUUUUUCGGAGUUUUAUUUACUGGUAUCGUCCGUAUCAUGUAAUCAGAAACCCAAAAUUCCUGGAACAAAACUAACUAGAUAAUGAAAAUGGCAGGAUGACUGCUGUAACAGUUUGUGACUAAAUUGACUGGUUUGCCAUUCUUUGCUAUUUCGAUCACGUGACUUACCUUCCAAUAUUUGUUGCAUGGUUAGACUUAUCUCUUUAUUAAGCAGUAUAUUGCCAUGUGUUCAAAGGAUCUUUCUUUUACUUUUCUCAGGAAUUGAACAAGAAAUCAAACUCCUUAUACACAACGUUACGCAACAGCCGGCUUGCUGGGUGUUGGCGAGCUCCAUUUCUGAGGCGUUUUCGCUUGCGUCUGAACUUCAAUUCAUUCUUUGAGGCCACCACUAGAGUUGUACCGAAUGUUGUUAGGCCACGUCCAUCACUUCAAGAUAUGAAUCAGCAACAGCAUUUAAUUAACCAAGUGGUGAAGUUGCUCGUCCGAUGUGACUGAGUGUUGCUGGAGUCUCAAGUUUCCUAACAACCAUCCCCAUUUUGACAGUUAGAUGGAUUGUUUAAAUAGUCUGCUAAAUGUUCAUGGCUUGUUUUCAGCUUUGGUUAAUACCCGUUGAUUAGAUGGUUACAAAUUAGCUGCCCUAAAGUCUACUCUGUGUGUCUAUUUGACCGUCCGGUAACUACCCCAUACCCAUGUGAAAGGUGGAUGGUUAUGGUAUCCUCGGUAGCUGCAGUCUCGUCCUAGAUGCAGCAAACCUAUGAU